GGAGGGGGCGGAGCUACAUGGACCGGAAUGGGCGGAGCUAAACGGGACAGAAGGGGCGGAGCUACACGGACCAGGCUGCUGCAGUGCUGUACUGAGGGAGACAGUGGCUUAGGAGACUUCUGCACCAUACAGGAUGAAGAUAUCUUUCAGAUCUGUGGUGGCUGUGGCAGUCAUAGCUUCCAUCCUUCUCAUGGCAAUUCGGCAGAAUAGAGUGCAGAUCCCUAAAAUAAACAUGCUUCAAUUGUGUAACUGUCAAGCACAAAAAGAAUCAUGUGACACGAUCUCUCCCCUAAGCCCUAUGGAAACAGAUGAGACAAUUGAGGACAUUUUCAACAGGAUGGAGAAACUCAUCCCCCAGAACAGCAUAGAUCGCAUAGAAGAGGCAACUAGUGCAGAAGAAACAAAGGCAACUAUCAUUGACACUAAGGAAACGUAUUGUCUCGGGAAUCAGCUGCAUGUAACAGUAGAGGCUUAUGAUUAUUCUGGUAAAAGGAAAUCUUACGGUGGAGACUAUUUAAGAGCCAGAAUAUAUUCACCAACUACAAACAGUAGCGCAAGUGGGAGCGUUGUAGAUAAUAAUGAUGGGUCUUACUUGAUAAAGUUCACUUUAUUUUGGGAGGGUUCUGUGCACAUAUCUAUUUUACUAAUGCACCCGAGUGAGGCUGUUUCUGCCUUAUGGAGAGGAAGGAAUCAGGGCUUUGCAAAUAUUAAGUACACUGGGAAUUUUACCAGUGCCACCGAGUACGUGAACAGCGAAUGUGGCUUUCAGCUGGACACAGAGAGAGAGGUCUGCCGGUAUAUGGACAAAAGGGAUCGAGAGGCUUUUUACUGCAUUAAACCCCAAGAUUUCCCUUGCGAGGCCCUGACCCAUAUGAAUUCUGUCAAUCGGGACCAUUCGUAUCUUACAGAGGUGGAGCAGAUUCUUCUUAACAGGUCAAAUAUUGGUUUAGAGAUUUCCAAACUUUUAAAGCCAAUCAAAGUUAUCAGCUGCGGCAAGAAACAAGUUUCACCAAAUGGAAGGUGCAGGAUGGGUUCUUAUCACCCUAUGCCUAGUGGUUAUUUCCACUACAACGUGUGGAAUCCCAUACACUGUAAAAUGACACAAUUCACUGAAAAUGACAAUCUGAAAGCCUUUCUCAAGGGCAAAAAGCUGUUCCUUUUAGGAGAUUCUACUGUCCGCCAAUAUAUAAGACACUUUGCAGAAAAUAUUAACAUUGUGGAUUAUUUCAACCACACAGAAGACGAGAUGCAGUCCUGGCAAAAGACUCUUCUAGCAAUUAACCUGGAGAAGUUUAUUUAUGUCCAGUGGAAGAAGCAUACUUUUCCAUUUGUCAGCAAGACCUUCUACUCCAUCAAAGAGGAUGCCUACAUGGCCAGGCAGAUUGACCAAAUCGGUGGAGGAGUGAACACCAUCAUCGUCCUCACCUUGGGACAGCACUUUAGGCCUUUCCCACUCCGUACUUUCAUCAGGUCCGUGAUAAACGUUCGCAAGGCCAUAGAGAGGCUCUUCCUCCGAAGCCCGCGCACUAGGGUGAUUAUCAAGGAAGAGAAUGCCCGAGACAUGGACAUCGAUAUGGAGAGGUUCAGUGACUUCCAUGGUCAUGUCCAGUAUCUGGUACUCAGGGAAAUUUUCAAUGGUUUGAAUGUUGGGUUUGUAGAUGGCUUGGAUAUGAGCAUCGCUUAUGCAUGCAAUGUCAUCCACCCUCCAUUAGAAGUUCUAGAGAACCUUAUCAGCAUGUCCUUCACACAAGCUUUAUAAAUAGGAUCAUAGUAGAGGACUUCCGACCAGGGGCAUAACUUAAUUCCAGAUGCCCUUAGGCAAGUUGGAAUUUGUUGCCAUCCUUAUUUUUUUAAUUUAUUUUUUUAAAGAGGGAAAACAAAUGUGGUGUGUGUGUGUGUGUGUGUGUGUGUGUGUGUGUGUGUGUAUGUGUGCGUGCGUGUGCGUGCGUGUGUGUGUGUGUGUGUGUGUGUGUGUGUGUGUGUGUAUAAACACACAUGACCUACAUAAUUAUAUAGAUAGCACUCUCACCUGGUCUACAAAGACAGGAUCUCGCAGUGAAUUGGCAGGACUCCAGCUACACUGUGUGACAAUUGCUGGUGGGUCAGGUCUCGCUGUCCAGCAGCAGCGGUGGGUGCACCAUCACAGGCUGAGUGGUAACAGGCAGGGGCCAUCCUGUGCCAUAGUGCAGGUGUUAGCAGGGCUCCUGAGACAGAGCAGAUUAACUCUGCAGCAGCAUCAGGUGCACUGCAGAGCACCACUGGAAGAGCAGCGGACACACUUGGAUCCCGCUGUGAACCACAAAGGCUCUGCCUUCAGGGCUCGGAGCCCGGAGGCAGGUGUCUUCAUUGCCUCUGAGAGUUACACCCCCUGCUUCCUGCCUAGAUGAUUUAUUAUUGGCAGAAUAAUGUUUUGGCAGACCGUAUGGGUGGAUGUGAUUGCUAUGUCAGGUUACAUAAAUAUCAUAGUAUUCUACAUCCACUCCCAAGAUAAAACCAACCCUUCCUUACUGGUACAAUUCUAUUCAGGUACAAAGGUUUCAAUUGUGAUUAGAAACUUAUGAAAUGGAGACAGAUAUAAAGUGAACAUGACUGUGUAAAGAAUUUUCAUGUGUAUAAAGGGACUGUAAUAAAAUGCAUAUAUUUAUUAUUUGACUUUAAAGGCCAAUGAUUAUAACUGUAGAACAUACUGUACAUACUCUAAAGUACACUACAGUGGUCAGUGAGAGUUUCAGGGUUGCAGCUGCAAAACAAGAACAUUCUCUUAUGUACGUUUAGUAGUGCUACAGCUCCAUCUUGUGACAGUUUCAUAUUACUGCAGGCUAAGAACCUCAACUGGACUAAAAUAACUUUGAAAUCAAACAAUACAAGUGGAAAACAAACUGAAUAAACAGAACUUUUGAACGACCACCAAAGUUUGUAUUAGAAAGUAUUUUGAUUACUGUGUAACUUCUUAUCUAUUAUUUUGUUUUCUUGCAAA